AAUAGGGCUCCGCGCAACACACACUUCCACAUUUUUACAAAAUCAAAGGAAACAACUGCGCAAGAUACCGUGGCUCACUUUUGAAUAUUCACACUAUCUUGCAGUAAUUGUGCACUGGAGUGUCAAGGCUUGAAUAUGGCUUUGGGUGGAUUUUACGUCCAACAUGUCGUGGUGGCGGUGGUGUGCACAGUGCUGGCCACGGGGACGCUGGGCUCCCCGCUCUUGGUGCCGGAGCCCAUUCGAUGCUCGCCGUGCACUCCGGAGAGGGUUAGCCAGUGUCCGCCGGUGGAUCCCGGGUGCGCCGAGGUACUGCGGGAGCCCGGCUGCGGAUGCUGUCCCGCCUGCGCCCUGGCGGCCGACCAGCUGUGCGGCAUCUACACCGCGCCUUGCGGUUCUGGACUCAGUUGCACCCCGAAAACCGGGGACCCCAGACCACUGCACUCGCUCACCCGGGGACAAGCUGUCUGCACGCAGAUCUCCAAACCUCAAGCGACUCCGGAGCCUCAGACACAAGAUCAGGGCGAGCUCGAGGCCGAGAUGGAGAACGUCGCCGUGGUCUCGGACCCCGGCUUCAGCUACUACCUCCCCGGCCAGAUCAAGCCGUACGACCCGAGGGCGGCUUCCGACGCCCAGGAGAGCAUGAAAGCCAAAUUGGUCGCUAUCCGCAAGAAAUUAGUCGAGCAGGGGCCUUGUCAUAUCGAGCUGCAAAGAGCCUUGGAGAAGAUUGCCAAAUCCCAACAGAAACUGGGAGACAGAUUGACCAGAUUUUACAUCCCCAAUUGUGACAAACAUGGACUUUACAAACCCAAGCAGUGUGAAUCAUCGCUGGAUGGCCAAAGGGGACAAUGCUGGUGUGUCAACUGCUGGAACGGCAAGCGGAUUUUAGGUUUCACUGAUCUGACGGCAGAUUCCGAGUGCUCUUAAAAAAGAAGCGUAUCUCCCAAAGAAAAAGAAGCAAGCCACUGACUUUCCAUUUUGAUAGCUGUUUAUUUAUUGACCUGGUCUUUGGUGGUGUUUUAAUCAGGUACACUGUCAUUAUGGGACUGCCAUCACCCCAUUCCGUCUUAAAUGUGUCCCAAAGAGAAGAGGAAAAUGAUCUAUUUUUGUUUUUCUGAAUAGAUUUUAAUACUGAUGCAUUUACUUUUCACUCUAUUUAUUUCACUUGGGUUCAUUUUUGUUGUCUUUGUUGUGUGUAAUUAUUAUUAUUGGUAUUUAUAUUAUUUUCACAUUACUGUUUUUUUCAUGUGUUUAAUGUAUAUAUUUAUCUUGGCCCUGACUUACUCCAUUGGUGAGUUGAGUUCACUCUACUGUUCAAGUGGUCUGGAGGUUUGGUUUCUGACAAACAAAGCGAGAAUGAAAGCACUGAGUGUCCAAAAGUCAAUUAUUGGUAAUUUUUUUCUUUUAUAUCCUUUUUUUACAUUGCUGCCAUGUAAAUGUCUGUCAUUACCUGA